ACGGCUCGUAUGUGACGAGGCUGUCUGUUUUCUGUUGUGUCCACCGGUAGCUUCAAGAAUGGAUAAAAAACUAGAGGUGGAUAAUCUGGAGAUGCGUCUUCAGGCGCUGGAGGGUCGUUUAUACGGCGAGAGGAGAAACAAAAGUGGAAAACCCGUCAAGUGUGCUGAGUCUUUGGCCAGGAUCCAGGCAGGUCUGACAAACACAGCCAACAAGAGAGAACGAGUGAAGAUCCUGCACAAGAAGAUUGAGGACCUGCUGAAGUUCCUGGACCCCCAGUUCACUGAUCACAUCACUGUGCCUGAUGCCAUGAAGCUGGAGUUCAUUCUUGCCGAGGAGGACUUCCUGCUUUCCCAGGCUGCUUUGCUGGAGCAGGUCAGCACCUUGCAGCCACUGUUGGACAGCACCUACAUCAGAGAUGUUCCAGAACACGCCACCAAGCUGCAGCGUCUGUCACAGAUUCACAUCAAAGAGCAGGACCAAAGUGAGGCUCAGUCCCAGGAAGUGAAGAGGCUUUUUGAAGAAUACAACAAAAUGAUGUUCCUGCUGUCCAAGCAAUUCACUCAGUGGGACGAGACCCUGAGGAAGCUGGAGGAGGCCAAAGGCAUUCGGCCCGUGGAGUAGCUCCUGUCAGCACACGCACUUCUGAGGAGGAUGGUGAUGAUGAAGAAGACCGCACUGUGGUGGGAGCGUUAGAUCAGACAGGUGUUCCACGUGAAGCUCGUUCUUCCCCAAGAAGUCUGAACAAAAGUGAGACGAAAAGAUCACAACAUUUCACUUUAAUAGAAGUUAAAUAAAUCAGACAAUGAAACACUGAUAAUUCCCUCAUUUCAUGAUAUUGUUGGUUUUUAGAAAAUUCUCCACUCAAAGCAGAUAAUGUCACUUAAAACUGUGUGAAAUGAAAAAUCUGACACAAGUUCAGCUGUCCUAUAAAAAGGAGUUUUUAUUUUUGCAGUGAUGGAAAGAAAUAUAGAAAAUAAAUUGAUAACAAUUCAUUUCUCUUUUAAGAAUACCUGCACCUAACCUAACCAAACCUACCAGAAAAAACUGACCCACCCUCUGCCAGGUCUUCAGAAGUUAGUUUUAUUUGUAUGUGGUUCAGUAUCUGUCUCUGGUGUCUCCCAGCUCAGUGACACUGUCCACUCGUACAAACCCAGUCACACAGUCAAACUGUACUGAAGGACUGGAGAAUAUUAAGGAACUCUGUCUCAUGUGACUCUUCAUCAGUCGUGUGGAGGACCUCACUCCCGUCACGUGACGUGUGGCUCAGACAGCACCGAGAUGCUGCUGUUAUUUAUUUUCAGACAAAAGAGCUUUUUAUGCCUCAUAUUGACUCAACACUGCGUCCUCGCCACUGCACAGCAGUCACAAGACUCAUUAUCAGCCCCUCCACUCACACGCACAAACAUUCACAUACCCUCUUCAAGGCUUUAGAUCUCCUCUCUUGAUGCCUCCUGACGUCAUUUGUAAAAACUUAAAUUAGCUUCAUUUUUCUUUUUAGUAUUCUGGUUUUAAGAUGUUCUGUAUGUCUCGUGUCAAACAGCAUGACUGCGGUUAAUACAAUAAAUAUUAUUACUCUUUUUCUCUGA